AUGUCUAACGCUUCAGAGUCGCCCAGGCGUCCUACGAGCGCCCACGCUUCUCAUCUUCAGUACCCGACCCUCCCGCCGCUGACUGCCUCUGUCGAAGAGUGGUUGUCUCGUUCACGACCCGCCAACAGCAUGGCGUCAGAAAGCACUCUGCAACCCCUCCCCAAGUCACUGAGCGAUAGCUGGGCAACCCUCAGCGUAUCAGAUCUACAUUCGGAAGAUGGCAGUCACUCGGAACAGACCGACGUGGGGUCGUUGAUCGACCAGACCACACCGGAUGAUGUGGCCAGCCUGGACGAGCGCUACAGCAGUAGUGAGGCAGGUGGUCCUGAUGAGGAUGAUCUACAGCAACAAGAAGACCAGGAAAUGCAGGAAGACGAAAUCCGCAGCCUUAGGCCGGACCGGUUCUCAGGCCUAUUCAACCCCGAUGCUGCCAUCGAUGAUAGCAAUUUGACCACCAUACCUAUUCACCGACAUUCCAUCGACUCAAUCGAGUUUAUCGAGCCUGACAAGUGGCCAGAGAUGGAACGGGUAGAACUGAAGCAUACGAUCCGCAUCUUUGACGAACCGGCAGCGUUGGAUAUCAAGACUCAGCUACCAGAUUGCUCACCUCAAUCAAUUCUCAUGGCGACGGUCCAGCAGACCAUGACAAAGCAAAGCCUAGACCUAGACAAGCCUUUCCGCGUCUUGUAUGUCGGACAGCCGGACUGUCGCAACAUUAUUCUGGACAAGAUCGGUGAUGUCUUGGUGGCGAGCUCGUCCGCAGGGUCGCAAACCAGCUCUGCUGAAUCAUCACGGUACCAUGUUGUGCCAACUUCUUUUGGAGCUGGAGCUGUGCCAAACUUUGCAGAGCUUCUCCCCAUUCAUGUCCAGCUUGUGGUUGACGAGUGUGUGGCAGCCACGAAGGGCCACCAUCCGAAUGGAUCCCGCACGGUGUACCUUACAUUCAAGAAUCGUCCUUCUUGCCAGUCUUGGUGGGAUGGAGAUGAAUAUCAUGUUUCUUCCUCGUCGGAGUGGACUUUACCAGAUGUGGCCAUCCUGUUCGUGUCUAGCCGUGAUAAUGGUGCCGCUGUGCGAACUAGGCACGCUGCCCACGCUUUCUUGGAGCGACACGGAGUCCCUGCCAUGGUCAUCUCAGAUGAACCGCUCUGGGAAAAAGCUGGCGAAGUCAUCCCUCUGAACCAGAGCAGCCUCCAUGUGUGUCUGGAGUCUCGACAUGCACAGACUGGAGAAACAGUAGUGUUGAGGCGCUACCCGAUCGAUCUGAAGACUUUCGAGAGUAUCACUCCUGGCCAGCUCAAUAGGAAUUUGGCUUCGCUCAUGGAAUUUUACCCCAAGAAGACACCGAAGGUCUCUGUCGACACACCGAUACCAGCCAAAUCCUACUCUUUUGCUGACCCCGAGAAACAUCCUCGCAACUGGAUCCCAUCCUUGGAUAGUGUUCGAGCUCCUCCAAUGGGUGCAAUGCUGCGUCUCGCCACGCUCACGCUCGUUUCAGCCAUUAUGCUCUCCCUCGGAUAUGCAGCGACGAGGACAAUCAUUCUUUUCAUUGUGCAAUGGAUUGCUGGCUCGACAAUGGCCGGCGCUCAUAGCUCGACACUGACACCGAUCGGCUUACCAACUCCGUUAACUUUGGAACAUAUGAGGCACACUUCCCUUUCGCUGUGGUCGGGUGAUUCGGGGGGCCUGGCCGCCACUUCUCCAUGUUGCUCCUAUAUAGGACAGGCAACGCCACACGCUGUUUCAAGCAUAGGCUUUUCUGAAAAGACCGAUCAGUUUGAAAUCCAAGUCGUUGGAGACUGCCAUGUGGCCAUCAAGCCUCCCCGGAACAUCGCAUCCCACAAAAAGCAGCCCCGAUUCCAUGUUACUGUUUGCCGAGAUGGCAAAGCCCUGGCGUAUGAGCUAGCCGCAUUGUUCGAUGGUGUGUACACGCUGCGGUUGGACCGAGAAGAUGCGUAUGGUUUGGUCAAUGUGACGAUCAUUGCUAAGUCCAAGCCACAAGUCAAUCAAACUAUUAUUGUUGACUUUGGGACGCCGUGGCUGAAGAUUGCAAAUUGGAGAAGAGCAGCUCGUGCAGUUUCUUCGCAAUUCACAAAAGACUUGCAGAUCGCCCAAACUGGGUUGUCUGAAGUGUACGGCCGAUUGUCAACAGAUCUACAGGUGAUCAUGGGCGACGUGGUCAAGAGAUCUCACUUCCUGCGCGACGACGCUGAGCGUCUCGGCCAUGACAGCUUACGCACUGGAGAUGGCAUGCUGUCCAGAUCAAAGCAACUCUCUGAGGUUAUCACCCGCAACGCUGUCCAGCAAUUCCGAAGUGUAUCUUCUGUUUUACAUAGUCGCUCUGUUCGUGUCAAUCAGGGGGCCAGAGGGGCUCUUAGUGAUGCCUGGGGUCGUCUAGGCAAGUCAGCAUCCCAAGUGGACCUUCGUUCCAUGGUGGAUCGAGUGCGCAGUGCGAACUCUGACACCCUGGAUCGGGCUCAGACUCGUGCACGUAUUUUCAUGGGACGCGGCGGAAAGGACUCUGCUAAGUCUCAGAAUAAAGGGGUGAAGCAAUGA